CAACUCACUCCUCGUACCGCUAUCACUGAUCAGUUAGUUUUCAAACGUAGUCAGUGGCCGUCAGUGCUAAGGAUCAGAGUAUAGCUACAGAAAAGUAUAAUCGCAGUGAAUAUUUUAGAAACACAAAAACAAAAAGGAGCAGGAAACCAAAGGCCUGCAUUAUGAUUCGUGAAUAUUAUGGGCGAAUCGCCUUGUCGGUUCUUGUCUUUCUGGGAAGUUCCGUAGCAGCACAGUCAUCAUCAGCAUCAGCAUCAACUUCUUCAUCGCCAUCAGCUGCCACAUCAAAUGCUACAAAUACAGAUUACUGGGAUGAUGAUGAUUUCAUUCCUUAUCAAGGUGAACGUUUCAAUGUCUUCGAUUGGAAUCUGUGCAAGAGUAUGGCCAAGAAAUUUUCAGGCAAUAUGUUAAUAUCGCCAAUAUCUGUAAAAUUAGCCUUGGUCCUCUUAUACGAAGGUGCGCAGGAUCAAACUGCGCACGAGCUAGCUGGUGCAAUGCAACUUCCGGUAGGACGCUUUGCUACGCGGGAUACAUUUUCAAAUAUCUUACAAUCACUGCAGGCUACCAGGCCUGAAUAUGUAUUGAAUGUCGGUACAAGACUUUACGUAGAUUCUUCAAUAGUAACGAGACAAAGAUACGGAGCUAUAUUGAAAACAUUUUACAAUACUGAUUUGGUCAGCGCUAAUUUGUCUGAUACAAAACCAACAGCUGCAGCCGUUAACGACUGGGUUCGUAACAUCACCAACGGAAAUAUUCCAAAAGUAAUUGAGGAUCAUAACAGCUUGAAGGACUCAGUAAUGCUUGUGAUGAACGCGCUUUACUUCAAAGGAUCAUGGCGUCAUCCAUUUCCAUUGAAUCGUACACAAGUAGCAAACUUUUAUACUGGAAUUGACAAAAGCGUUUCGACACCUUUCAUGCAUACUGUUGGAAACUUUUAUUUCUCCGAAUCACCUGAAUUAGACGCCAAAAUAAUACGUCUUCCAUAUUUGGGUCACAAAUAUGCAAUGUUUUUAAUUUUACCACGUACACGUGACGGUAUAGAGCAUCUGGUUCGUGAAAUAAAUCCUUUUAUCCUAACAAGACACAUGUGGCUUAUGCAGGAUGUUCCGGUGGAUGUAACAAUUCCGAAAUUCAAAUUUGAUUUCACGUCGCACCUAGAAAACAUUCUUCGUGAGCUUGGUAUACGUGAUAUUUUCGACAACACCGCCACCUUGACAGGUAUUGCAAAAAGCAAAAGUACGUCCAAAAAAUUGGUGGUAUCAGACGUCCUUCAAAAGGUUGGAGUAGAAGUAAAUGAGUUAGGAACCGCAGCAUACGCAGCAACUGAGAUACAAGUGGUAAAUAAAUUCGGCGAGCAAUCAUUUCAUGCGAAUCAUCCAUUCCUCUUCUUCAUCGAAGACGAGACCACUGGUACCAUCGUCUUCGUCGGCAAGGUCACAAACCCUCUAGAGAUGAAUGGACACCUGGAUGUAUCUGCACCAAAUUUACCAAAUCGUUUUGGAGACUCAACCAGUGGUUCACAAGGCGUAACCAGCGCAGAGGAACGUUAUAACUUUUUCAAUAUCGAGUUGAUUCAGACAGUUAAUAAUGAGGCUGAGGGUAACGUCGUCAUUUCACCUGCCAGUGUUAAAGUCGCUUUGACAACAUUAGUCGAAGGAUCGGGCGGGCGAACGCGAGACGAACUAUUGGCAGCUUUAAGAUUACCUUCAGAUGUAGUCAGCAUCAGAGAUGUAGCCAGUAGGACAUUGGCGCCUUUUCAAAAUGUCCGUGCUGGUACCGAGCUUAAUUUGGCUACACGAUUAUGGACAAACCAGGAUUCUUUUGUAUUUAGAGAAUAUAGCGACACUCUCCAGAAACAUUACGGCGGUGAUCUACGAGCUUUGAACUUUGGAGAUUCAGUUGGGUCCGUUGAGAUUAUUAAUGACUGGGUGCGCCAGGGUACCAAGGGUCAUGUUAAUUCCAUAGUGGAGUCGGGUAGUUUGGAUCCAGACACAAAAUUGCUGCUUACCAAUGCACUUUACUUCAGAGGAUAUUGGCUCAAGUCAUUUGAUAAACAGGCUACUCGUCUUAGGUGCUUCAAUGUUCCUGGUAGAGGAUGUCAGGAAACAUCAAUGAUGGAGAAUCUUUCAAAAUAUCGUUAUGCUUAUGUUCCAUCUCUUGAUGCUGAAAUUGUUGAGAUUCCUUACGCUGAUGGAAGAUUAGCUAUGUUAUUGAUGCUACCACACAGGGAAAGAGGAAACCUACAGACACUCUCAAAAGAUUUGUCGUACACACCAAUUUCAGUAUUACUGGAUGGUCUUCAGGAAACUGAACUCUUGUUAUCAAUCCCAAAAUUCACUAUAGAGAGUAAAAUGGACCUGAAACCUGCUCUUGAGAAAUUGGGAAUAAACGAUCUCUUUGACUUGAAUGCCAAUCUCUCUGGAAUUAUGAAAAGUCCUAUACGUGUUGGAAAUGUUCUUCAUAAUGCAAAGAUUGAAGUGAAUGAAGAAGGAACAAUUGCUGCAGCAGUUACAGGCAUUUCAGUUGUACCACUUAUGGGAUCUACUGUACAGAACUUCAGAGCUGACCGUCCAUUCCUAUUCACCCUAGUUGACUUAGAAACAGCUGGAAUAAUAUUUGCAGGUCGUGUUGUCCAUCCACAGAUUAAUAAGGCUUCAAUACUAGACUCAGAUCCGAUCAUUCAGCAGGUAUUUGGUUCAUCCAAUAGGAAAGUUCCUAAUCUCCUUCAUAGACCGUCAUAAUAAGGAUCUUUUGGGACAAUCUGCUGGAUUAACAACAUCACCUAAUUUAUGGUUUUGUCCCAGAGUUACAUUUAAAUAAGCUUGAAAUCAUGUCGAAGUUGAAACCUUGGUGAUCCUGCUGGUUGAUCGGUUCAUUUCAAGCUCAAUAUAUUUAACUAUAGAAGAACAUGAUGAAGAACAGAUUGCAUGCAUCUAUCUCUCAAUGGAAAAAUGAUAUGCUGGCAAGAAAAAAAAUUACUUAAGAAUCAGGAAAUACAAGGGAUUCUACAAUCGACAAUGCUUCAUUUUUGUAUCGCCAUUGCGCAAAAGCUGAAUAAAAAUUAUUUUAUUUGUUAAGAAAUAGAAA